AUGCCUCCUGGGAGACUCGUCGGACUGCUCGUCGACCUGAAGGACAGCAGACCGAUCACCAUCUCCUCAAUACGUGCGUUGAGCAGUAGCGGCCACCCCAUCGACCGCAACGGCGCAUAUAAGAAACGCAAAAUUGAACCUACAAUAGAAGUGAAGCCGGGCACGAGUUUCACUUUGGCGCAGCUGAAGGAAUGGGAGAUGGUGAGCAAGGCGAAUAAGAAAAAAGCCGCUCGGCAGGCGGCGGAAAAGGCAGACAAGAAGAAGGCAGACAAGAAGAAGGCUUCCCACAAGGCGGCGGUAAAAGCCGACAGGAAGAGAGGUCCUCGCGAAACCGUGGUUGUCACAUGCUACCGCCGACCACCGCAGCCGCCUACGAUGGUGAAUAGGUAUUUGCUGCAUGGGUUCGAGAAGGAGUGGAAGCUACUGCAGGAGGCUGCGUGGGCAGAGGAACCACCACAACGCGGGGGGAAGACUUGGGAUACGGUCGAGGAUUGGACGAGGAAGGUGUGUGAUGCUCUUGAGCUUUGGGCUGAUGAUGCUUGA